AUGCUUAAAGAAGAUGAUAAUCGUUUUUGUGCUGAUUGUGAUGCAAAAAGUCCUCGAUGGGCUAGUUGGAAUCUUGGUAUUUUUAUUUGUAUUCGUUGUGCUGGUUUUCAUCGAAAUUUAGGUGUACACAUAUCAAAAGUUAAAUCAGUUAAUUUAGAUUCAUGGACAGCAGAACAAAUAGCUUCAAUGCAAGUCAUGGGUAAUAAUCGUGCACGUGCUGUAUAUGAAGCUAAUUUACCUGCUGGAUUUCGACGUCCACAAACUGAUUCUGCGUUGGAACCAUUUAUUCGUACAAAAUAUGAACAACGUAAAUGGCUUGCUAAAGAAUGGAUUCCACCUGAAAUAACGGUGCCUAGUGAUCUUAUUGAAUCAGAAACAAAUCAACGACGGAUUGAAACAGCAUCUGAAGUAGCACAAGUAGAGAAAAGUGUUAAUAAUAAUAAUAAUAACAUUCCAAAAUUAAAACCAAUACCGACUAAUAAUCCUGUACGACAAACAGGUAAUGAUCGUGCAAAACCAAUUAUACAAUUACCGACAAUGACUCCGUCAUCUUCGACAACAUCUGCUUCAACUCCUUCUGUACAACCUGCUGUUGUAGAAAAUCCUCCGGAUUUAUUAGGUUUAGAUGAACCUUCAUUACCUUUAUCAUCUACUUCUUCAAAUAAUACGACUAAUCCUACAAAAGUUCCUUCAAGUGACAUUAUGAAUUCUUUACAUGAUGUAUUUACAACACCAUCGACGAAUAUAAACGAAAAUGAUGUAACAACAAAUAAUUUAGAGAAAGAUUUACAAAAUAUUUUCUUAUCUCCGAAUGAUAAUACUAAGUCAACUAAUACAAGUAAUGUUAUGAGUAAUGAAAAAAUUAUGGCAUUAUUUAAUACACCACAAACAUCAACUGGAACGAAUAUUCGCCCACCAACAAUGCAAUUACCAAAUAUUAAUUCAUCUCAUUUGGCUCAUCCACAAGUUCAACAACAUCUUCAUGCUCAUCACAAAUCAGCAUCAUUUGGAAGUAAUCUUUAUCAACAAUCAUCUCAUUUUGCAGCUCAUCCUGGAUUUCAAUCAUCGCAAGGUAAUCUAUUUUCACCAAGACCUGAACUAGAUACAAUGCAUCAUAAUAAUCCUAAUAAUAUGAGUACACCUUCUCUUCAAAGUUCAUCAACAAUUUUUACACCUAAUCAAAUAAAUAAUCAAUUUUCUCAAUUUGUACCAUUUGCUAAUUCCAUAAGUAAUACAUCAGCAUCAACAUUAAUAUCUAAUACGCCAAUUCGUCCUGUUACAGAAUACAUGCCAGCAUCAUCAGAUCUUCUUUGGCAAUAA